CGAGAUGGGGUGGUUCGAAUGUUAAAGUGUCCUUUUUUUUAUUCCUAUACGAUUCGCACAAUCGAAUGCUCUCGGUGCCGUAAUGUAAGAACACGAACCAAGGACAUUGAAAGUGAAGUAAUAAGCGGACGAUGCGGUGGAUGGCACAAAGGGGUUAAAAGUGUCAUACUUCAAGGGCGUGGCAAAUAAACGCGAUAUGCGGCACGUGUUCGAGAUGUUGAACGAAUCGCUUCGACUCUUCGUACAUCCGUGUGUUGCAUCUGAAUUCGUCGCUUUCGUACCAUCGUCGAAGCUUCGUUCCGCGAAAUGAAUGUCGAGGAGCUGUUUGGAAGAGUUGAUAAUAAACUGGCGACGAAGUUUCACGAUCUUCUCAUUCCUCUCGGCACGUUGGCGCAAAAUGUAAAAAUGUAAAAAGCUGAAAGUGAUUCGCUUCGAUAGUUUAGAAUAACUUGGCGAGAACUGGAAGUAUAACUCGAGUUUUUUUUCAAUUCUUCAAUGUCGUACUCGUGGGAAGAACGAAGAACGACUCGGUAUUAUUGUCAGCGAGCUUGAUGAAACGCAUAUACAAGUGUAGAUAUAUUAACAUUGAUCGGAUUUUAUUCGAAUGAUCAUCGGCAUCGAUGUUUCGUAUUUUUCCUGUCUGAGGAGUAAGAACUAAACGAUAUGGUAAAAUCACAGUUGCCACUAUUAACUGAUUACUCUUCAAUUUUCCCCGUAUAAUAAUACUGAAUAAAACUGUACAUCAGUCGAGGCGAGAUAUGAUUCAGCAAAAUGCAAAUGUGUAUUCCUAGGAUGCAGUAUGGCUUCGGUAUUCUGGCAUGCUUCUGGGAAUAAUUUGAUUUCUGCUGCUUUUGUCUUAUUCUUGCUACUUUGUCCUCGCAGCAGUACAGAGUGCGAUCAAAAGUUUGUAAGCACGCCAGAUGGUCCACUAAAUGGAACCUUUCACGCUCCGACGUUAAUUAAUCCCGAAAGGGAUUCUAAACAAUGCGUGUAUACUUUCUUGGCUGGGCCGCGACAACGGGUUGAAGUAAUAUUCACUUCAUUCGGCCUUCGAGGAAUCCCACCAGAUUGUGUCCACGAAUAUAUGGACUUGUACUCGGAAAUACGAUCGGAGAAUACCAGCAAGUUGGUGGAUACACCGUUCGGUGGCCGGUUUUGUGGCCCGAUACCACCUCGCAGGCGUGUGUCACUUUAUCAAGGGAUCGCGCUUAGUUUCUACACUGAUAAAAACGUUACGUUGCCUAGCCUGUUCAGCGCUGAAUACGAGGUGGGAACACCGGCUCCUAGCACACCAUGCUCUUUCACGGUAGAAUCAGACAACAAACGCAACGGUAGCAUACUAUCUCCUACGUAUCCGGGCACAUAUCCGAAAGGUCUUAUGUGCAAUUAUCAAUUCAUCGGUAAAGCGGGCCAACGAGUCCGCCUCGAGUUCCGAGAUUUCGAUUUGUUUUUUGGAGGUCAACAUUGUCCCUUGGAUUAUGUGAAAGUAUAUGAUGGCUUAAACAAUACAUCGGCUGUCAUUGGAACGUAUUGUGGUCAACAACGAAAUUUGGUAUUGUACUCGUCAGAAUCUAGUUUGUACGUGCUGUUUGUUACGCUCCAACGUACAGCGAACACGCAGAAUCGCGGAUUCAAGGGUAUUUUCGAAUUCUCCGAGAGUUUCGUUAAAUUAGACUUCAUAACCGCUUACAAGGGUGAGCAUAUACGAGGAUCAGAAUGCGACCAGAAGAUUUUGAGUAAAAAGGAAUCCAGUGGGGAUGUGGUUAGUCCGAAUUUUCCAUACCCAUAUAUACCGAAGGUUGUAUGUCGGUAUUUCAUUUAUGGGAUGCAAGACUCUCAGCAUCUCGAACGCGUGCGAUUAAACUUUUCAACAUUUAAAGUACCGAAAAAUAAGACCACCGGAGAUUCGGCAUCAUGCACCGAUGGAUAUUUGAAGUUGUAUCUAAAAGGGCAAGAAGCGACGGAUUCUUAUGACAAAUUUGAUCACGAGAUGUGCGGUGUAGAGAGCAAUCCGAGCCAAGUAGUUAGCGAUGGACCGAGACUCGUGAUGGUGUUUAGUAGCGGCGAGUCUCAAGGACAAGGCUUCAAGGCACGAUAUUGCUUCGAAACGGAGUACAAGAUACCGGGCACUGCGGCACCCGAUGGCAGCUGCAACUUUACGUACAUCAGUUCCUCUCGCAAAAAGGGAGAUUUUAACUCUCCGCGACAUCCUAGUAAUUAUCCAAGCGACACGAAUUGCACAUAUUUAUUCUUAGCAACACCCAACGAACAAGUUACUUUGAUAUUUGACUAUUUUAAAGUUCGAACGAAAAAUAUAAAUGUGACGGUCGGGCAUUACGGGAUGGAUGUUUGCCAAGACGAUUGGUUGGAGAUAUACAACAUAUAUCGAGACGACACGGAAAAAUUAAUAGGUAGAUAUUGCGGUAGUACAGCUCCGGGGCCGGUAGAAUCGACUCUCGGUGCCCUUGGUUUAAAAGUGAUACUGCAUUCGGACUCUGAGCUGGUUUACAGCGGUUUCAAAGCGCAUUGUGGAUCGAAUAUAAGUAGUCUGAAUUACGGAAUCAUUACUAGCCCCAAUUUCCCAAACAAAUACGAUGGACCGGCAAAAAAUCUAGCAAGUAAAACGUGUAAUUGGUUCAUAAGAGUCCGACCGAAUCAACAGAUAUUAUUAAACUUUGAACAAUUUUCGGUAGAAGGUGAUCAAUCAGUUCGUGGCUGUCCAGCUGCGGUGCUGCGUUUGUGGUAUUCCACAACGUCCACGCCCAUUGAAUUAUGUGGUGUCAAAACACCAGAGCUUACAUGGACUUACCUCUCUGAGGAUAAUAACAUGCGACUUAGCUUCAUAUCGGCUGAUAAAGCAGUUGGGCAGCAAGGAUUUAGAGCAACGUGGACCGAGAUAAGCACAAGUACCGACUGCCAAGAUCAGUUUUUAUGUGGCAAAAAUAAAUACUGCAUUGCAGAGUUGCUUCGGUGUAAUAAAGUUUAUAAUUGUGGCCCAAGCGACACUUCGGACGAAGAUAAUUGUAAGUUUCGUAAUCGUGAUAUAGUUAUAGAGACGAAUAAUUACGCUAUCCCCGCGGGUUAUGUCAUCGGUGCUGUAUUGAUAGCAUUGAUCGUUUGUCUUUUGUGCCAUCGAAAGCUAAAGAGACGAGUCCAAACUGUGCAUCUUAACGAUCUGCGUCAUCGUAUUGACGAGAGGCAUCGAUGUUAUCACAAUGAAAAUCUCCUUCAACACCAUCACCACUUCCAUAAUCAUCAGCACCAGCAUCAAUAUCAACAGCAGCAACAGCAACAGCAACAUUAUCAAGACUUGACUAAUGAUUCAAGAUAUCACUUAGAAUCAUCGACUAGCCCAGCGAGCGAGAGCGAUGCCGAGGAAGCUAGCAGCCUCAACAGUGUGUGACACAUCGUGCCAUCCGACUUGAACAACCUGUUUGCUAUCUUAUUCCAUUUGCGUUGUAGUUAGAUAUAUCCGUAGUUAAUUUUUACCUCGUUUCUACCUCAUUUAACGUAACUUACCUCUUCGAGUAAUCGGUUAACCACACCGUUUUUCAUUAGAAUGAUAACUGACGUGCGAAAAGAGAACUUCAAACAAGCUUACACUUAUUCCAAUCGAGAGUAACAAAAAUCGUGCACGCAUUCUUUUUUUUUUUUUUUUUUAGAUCGAGGAAGA